CAGGCUUGAACUACUUUUAUUUUGAAGCCAUCGCCGCCGGUGUGAUCGGUUUAUCUACGGUCGCUGUAAGCUUUUAGUUUUUACAUCCUACCAUGAAUACCCUAGUUCUGUAGACUUCCGACUAGAAUGGCAGACUCCUCCUUAGAAGCUGCGCUGGUUAUGUCGGGUUUUCAGAUGUAGAGAAGCGAAUUUGUCUUCCUCACUUUUACCGUCAGUAGCCCUCCAGCCUUGCCUCUGUGAUUAGACUGAAGUGGCUGCGACAAGUGACCAGUAAUUGCCAAUAUGGCAAUAACAAGUUUUAGAUCAGAAAACACCAGGUCAAGAGGACAAAAAUCGUAGUCUUUAGAGCUUGGAGUCGAGAGGUCUUGAGCCGCCAGCCUGGAGAAUGGUCGAUCGACGCAGUUGAGGGCAGGUUGACUCCUAUGAUCGCGGAUAAAAUUCUGGAAGCCACACCUCCACAACUAGCUUGCUGUGGUAAAAUACCUUCACCUUGAUAUGAUCUUCAUUAUUUUUACACUACACAUGUAGUAUGAAAAAUUCGGAAUUUGUCAAGAUUGUUUGCUAGCAAUAUCUUCAAUCAGGCUCAUCAUGGAAGAAGAAUCUCGCGAUUUCGAUUUCGCUUCUGUAGCGACUGCUGCUAUGCAGCAGGCUCAACCAGGCACCGCGAGCAACGGCAGAGCUGCUAGAGACGGUGUCGAGCCUGGCCGCGCUAAUCACGGCCUGGGCACUGGCAUUGCGCACUUAGGCUGUGAAGGUGAGAGUAGCAGCGCAGCAGCUAGGCCUGUAACUGGCACGCCACAGCAGUACAGGAGACGACUCCAUGGUGGUGAAGAAAAUGAAAUGGAGUUACGACCUCGCGGCACAUCCCUCUCAAAAACGAGACGAAGAGUAGAGUUUAGCAGACAGGAAAGUGUUCUUGAUAGCAGCAUGACUAUCCCAAUUCCUAUGCUACCAACAGCAGCAGUAGCUGGUCACACCAUCUCUACCGUGGGUGCUGGUAAUCUGAGAAAAGUCAAGUACAAGCGAAACGUGUCCUAUCCAUCUCAUGAAGCUGAUCAUCAGCCUGGUGGAGAGAGUGGAAAUGAAUCGGACGAGGAAGAGGAUGAUGAGGAGUUUUGGAAAGAGGUACGUGAGAAGAGCAAAGGAAUGAUGAUGUACAAAGCCGCGAAACAGACUACACGACUCGAAAGAAUGUUCAAACGUCUCGGCAACUCCUGGGAUCGCGUUCUUCUAGAUGUUGUGGACCAUGGUUUUGAUGUUGAAGACGGACGUGAUAUGAAGUUCUCUUUGAACUUGUUACUUCAUACGCAUUCAGCCAGUGUUGAUGCUACUGACGAAGGUGGAGACACUGCACUACACUGCGCAGCCAGAUCCGGAAAGUUGGAAGCUGUGGAAAUCCUCUUGCAGUCAGGCGCUAGCACAACAGCCAGGAACAACAGGAGAGAAAUUCCAUUGUUGCUAGCGCUGCGUAAGGGACAUGAUGCUGUCGCUGCAAAGAUAAUGGCGUGUAUGCAGCCAGCGCGCGUCCGUGACAUUUUCAUAGCCCAUGGGAAUGAAGACUGUGUAUACAGCUUCCAUCAUCUCAUUGAAGAGAAGGAAAUGAAGGAGAGUUUAACUGCAGCACUUGAUUGUAUGGUAAAGAAGUUACAUGAUCAGCCCAAUCACUUCAAGUUCUUCCUUCAAAUUCUUGACGGUGAUAGCAAUGGCAGACAUCCGAGAGACGCUCAGUUCACUGGCCGUACAGCUCUGCAGCUAAUAGCCAAGUUUGGCAACAAGACGGCAGUGUAUCACAAUGUUGUACGGAUCCUGCUCUGGCACAAAUGGAAGCAAUUUGUCUCGAGAAAGUACUGGAUGCAAGCUGCAGUCUUCUCCCUUUAUGUCGUUGUCAUGUCAAUGGCACUGAUAUUUGCUGGCGAUGCUGUUGAUCCAACUCAAUACCGAUCUGGACUGGAUAUUUUCCGUGCAAUUUGUGAAGUUCUCUCCGUACUGUUCUGCCUGUAUGGCCUUGCAGCUGAAUGCAACCAGCUAUACAAGCAUCGAGGGGAUUAUUUUGAAGAUCUCUACAAUUAUGUGGACGUGACGUCCUUCUCACUUAUCCUGGUGGUCAUUCCGUUGCGAUUCACAGACUCAUCUUCGCAGUGGACUGUGGCUUCGUUUGCCUAUGUUGCAACUUGUAUACGCUUCUUCAAGUAUACAUGUGCUUUUCGGAAUAUUGGUGCUUACACGCAAAUCUUGGGCCGAAUUGUUCGCAUUGACAUUGUGCGCUUCAUGAUCAUCUUCUGCAUAUUUUUGGUGACAUUCUCUGGAUCAUUCUAUUUGGCUCUGCGGGGAGAAGAGGAGGCUAUGUUCAGCCUGAAGGAGAAUCGCACAGUGACCAUUUCUGAUCUUGAUAAACCUGAUUACUACCACGCAAGGUCGUACCCUGAAAUAUUGCUGACUGGCCUGCGCAUCAUGAUUGAGAGCGAGCCAAUUAUCGACUACUACGAGCGCUCCAGCAAGCUUGGAUGGCUUGGCAUAGUGCUGAUUCUGCUCUUCAUGUUCAUCGUGAUCGUAGUCUUGCUCAACAUCCUCAUUGCACAGCUUUCUGACACAUACCAGAAUGUACAGAGUGAUGCCCAGAGAGAGGUGGAGCUAAACCGUGCCUACAUCGUAGGUCAUGUGGAAAAGAACAGUCUAUUGUAUAAGAACCUACUGGCCACAAACUACAAGCCGUUUGUAUGUGUCCGCGACCCAGUUAACGUUCUCGAGCGCUGGGAGUGUCCACCGUUAAAUGAUCUUCAUCGACAGCUGCAUCGCAUGAGUAAUCGUCUUGAACACUAUGACUCAUCAUUUGUAACUUUGGAACACACACUGUCUCAUCAAACAAGGGUGCUAGAAGAGCUCAAGACGGUGUGCAUGGAACAGACUAUGAAAAUACAACGACUGCAUCGCAAAUUGAAAAGAAGGAGAGGAACGGAGCAUGGCGUCAGAACAGGAGCCUCUAAGGACAGUAUAACAUCGAGUGAUUCAGAAUCUGACAGCGCACAUGGCACCCGCAAACUUGAGAGUGAGGAUGUUGAAGACGACGAACUAGGUGGUGUUGUUCAUACAAGGCACGGCGCAGUUACAAGUUCCAGUGCACCCAUUGCUGCUAGUGCAGUGUCAAUGGGUGUAGCUGCCUCCUACCAGGCAACUGUGUCAGGAAUUUUGCCUGGGUUUGCCGCGCACCGCCAGAGACUGAGUGAGCUACAAGAAACAACCGGCCAUGCUCAAGCGGCAUCAUCACAUCGCCAAAGAUCCUACUCUGCGGGUGCGGCUGAAUUGCACCACCAUUCAAGAUCACCACGGCAACUUCAUCAGCGUGAUAGAAGACAUUUACAACCGUCAGCUAUUGCAGCAUCUCGCCAUGGUGAUCACAGCUCAGGCCGGUCUUCACCAAAGCCAAGAGAUGCCAGGGAAUUGGAACAGCGCAGCGCAGCCAGGACCAGCACUCUAGGACAAAGCCCAGCCAAGAGCCCAGUACCAUCCAUUGAGGUGCAUCCUCAGCAUGAAUUUGAAAAUGAUGAAUCUAUCGUCUAGCUGUCUGAGUCGCCGCUUUCUGAACAGCUUUGAAGUACACUUAAGUACAUUGAAGUACAUUGAAGUAUAUUGGAGUACAAUGUACAUUGAAGUAUAGUGAAGUACACUGAAGUAUUAUUGCUUACGUGUCACUAGUUGGGUGAUACAGUGUUGAUGGUUUAAAAUGAAUUUUCAUUUUUUUCACGUCUGCAAACAAGAAACAGAUACCAGUAACUAGGAACAGCAUAGUUUCUUAUCACAUCAUGCCGACGUUUGAGUUGAACUGUUCACACAAUAACCAUGCACAGUUGCCGUGCACUUGUGUCUGUAUUUCUUAGGCUCUUCAGCAAUGUACACUAGUGUAUGUCCCAUGCCAUUGUGACCUAGACCAGAGUUGUGGCAUUGAACACAUGCAUGCACAUUGAACUUGAACUUUGAGAUUGACGCUAUGACGUUGUGCUUACUGAUGUUUUUUUCUCGUAUCAUACACGUAGUUCCUUACCCCCACAUUACAAAAUACGUAUGUAGAGAAAACAAAAAUAUGAGAAUAUUAGGUUUCGAUGAAUUUGAAGUUCUACCAGUUCCAUUAUAUUAAAUACAAGUACUUGAAGUACAUGGACUGUACAAGUAUUAAAAGUAAGUUUCGCUCUU